AUGUCUACAGUCACGGGAAUGCUCAGCCGGCUCCAGGGCCAGCCCGAGAGCUACGACAAGAAGGCCAAGUACCGAUUCGGUCGAACCCUCGGCGCAGGCACCUAUGGUAUUGUGCGAGAGGCAGAUGGUCCAACGGGCAAGGUGGCCAUCAAGAUCAUCCUAAAGAAGAACGUCAAGGGCAAUGAGAGAAUGGUCUACGACGAGCUGGACAUGCUCCAGCGCCUCAAGCACCCACACAUUGUUCGAUUUGUGGAUUGGUUCGAGUCGAGGGACAAGUACUACAUUGUGACGGAGCUCGCUACUGGCGGAGAAUUGUUCGAUCGCAUUUGCGAGCAGGGCAAGUUUACGGAAAAGGACGCCUCCCAGACCAUCAAGCAGGUCCUGACCGCCGUCGACUACCUGCACCGUAACAAUGUCGUACACAGAGACUUGAAACCUGAGAAUCUACUCUAUCUUAGCAAGCAGUCCGACUCGGAUCUGGUGCUUGCCGAUUUUGGUAUCGCAAAGAUGUUGGAUACCAAGGACGAGGUGCUCACAACCAUGGCUGGUUCUUUUGGUUAUGCGGCGCCAGAAGUCAUGCUCAAGAAGGGCCACGGCAAGCCUGUCGACAUGUGGUCCAUGGGCGUCAUCACUUAUACCCUCCUCUGCGGUUACUCUCCUUUCCGAUCCGAGAACCUUCAGGAUUUGAUUGACGAGUGCAGCAACGCACAGGUCGUCUUUCACGAGAGAUACUGGAAGGAUGUCAGUGACGACGCAAAGGAGUUUAUCCUCCAUCUGUUGCAGCCCAAGCCCGAGGAUCGAUGGACAAGCCAGCAAGCACUGAGCCACUCGUGGCUGUCGGGCGAGAGCGCAACGGACCACAACUUGCUGCCCGAGAUCAAGGCGUACAUGGCCAAGGCCCGCCUCAAGCGCGGAAUCGAAAUGGUCAAGCUGGCCAACCGCAUCGAGGCGCUCAAGAUGCAAGAGGACGACCCAGAGAACCCCGAUUUCCCGGCCGACAGCAAGGACGCUGCCGCCGAUGCCGCCGCCGCCAACUCUUCCGACCCGCCCCGCGAGAAGAAGUCGCUCAGUCGUAUUGCCAGAGGCGCCAUCUUCCGCGAGAUUGUGCUGGCCAAGGUGCGGGAGAUGAAGGAGCAGGAGCAAACCCUCAAGGUCAAGGAGGAGGCCGAGAAGGAGGCAAAGAGGAGAAGCUUUACUGGAGCUUAG